AUGGCAACGAGCGUUUCGGAAAGCGAGUUGCAACUGCUUCCGCACUGGCUUUCGUGUAUCCAUGCGAAGCGGUCAACCUGGACGUGUUCCCAAGACUAUGCGCGGUUCGUUCGGCUCUUGCGGGAUAUCUCCUUGGAGCUCUAUGUGGCGCGCAACCAGCCCAACGUGCUCGUUCAACUCGCACGUUACGGUUCAGCGUGCACACGGGUUGUGAACGAUCUUAUCACGGUCUGGAGUGUUCCGCUUCUACACGAGAGCGUUUCCAGGGCGGUGAUUCGGUUUCUAGUGGUUUGUCAGACCGGCAGCGGACCAGAGCAAGUCAAGAGGCGGGCUCUGGCCUGGGCGCGACACCUGCUGCGACUCGCUGUCUCUCCAGCGAUCAACGCAACCUUUAUCGAUGAGGGCUUAGGUUCAGCUCGAGUUGUGGAUGAACUUUGCACUGUUAUCGGGGCCAUGGGUUGCCAGGCGCGCAUACCAGCUGAACUUGGCGUUCUGAUUCCAUCGCUCAUUCAGGGUGCAUGCUGUGCAGACCUUGUUGCUGCUCUCGUGCCGACGAUUGCGGCAAUGCUCGAGUCGCAAGCGACCAGUCCCGCAUGGCGUCAUGCCGUUCGCUGCGCAUUCACCUGGGAAGAUGCGGAAACGAAGUACUGUGCUUUUCGCGACGGGUUGUCGGCGACUCUGCAAAAUAUGCUCCUCGCGGCAGACGCGCAGCUCUUGUGCCAGUGCCUCCAGUCCCCGGAGGCACUACUCAAAACACCGCUGGAUCAUCUCAGCGAGCGAUUCGAUCACAUUCGCCUCUUCUUGCGUUUACAACAUGGAGCGGAUCCGGAUACCAAGGCAUCUGCUGACGACGUCAAUACAGUCUCGACGCAGAACCAGAGCGGACCGGAUCUCGCAACGACGCCUCGAGCAGGAACGAUGACCUGA